AUGUAGGGAAUAAAAAGUAUGUUAUUUUCUUUAGGAAUGUAGUGAAGUAAAAGUUUCCCAAAAUAUAAAUAGUAAAGUAAAGUACAGAUACUCCCAAAAACUACUUAAGUAGUACAUUAAAGUAUUUUUACUUAAGUACUUUACACCAUUGCUAAUGAGUCGGGAUGACCCUAGAGUUAAUGGACGAAUUCCUGACUGCUCUACACUAUUGAGUGCCUAGUCUUUAAGACCUGGUAGGAACUCAGUUGGUAAACACAUCCAGCAAUAAACUAAAGGUAUGGGGUGAGGAUAUACAAGAGAGGGUAGUGCUAGAAAAGAUUUGGCCUCUUGGAGGAAAAGCGUCACAAAUAUACACAUACACAUUUUUCACAAAGACACACUAACAGGGGAGAGUUAAAGGCAGGCACUGACUGUCAGAGGGAAAGAUAAAGAGAGACAGAGAGAAGGAGAAAAAGAGAGAGGGAUGUAGGAGGGGGAGGAACAUGUGACUUGAGCAUGUGUGUGAGAUAAGAGACAAAUGGAGAGGCGAGUAAAAAUCCAGUCUACUGAAAAUGUCUGUUCAUUUGAGAUAGGGAUGCAACUCUACAACAAGCUCCUCGAACACUCCUCUUGUUUCUGUGUCCAUAAACUGUGUGAGAGAGAGAGGGAGAGAGAGAGAGAGUGAGAGAGGGAGAGAGAGAGUCUGAGAGAGAGGGAGAGAGGGGGAGAGAGAGACACACACACACACAGGGAGAGAGAGUCAGAAACAGAGGGAGGGAGAGGGAGAGAGAGAGAGUCAGAGAGAGAGAGAGAGGGGAUGGGUCAAGGAGAUGGAUGGAUUGUGUGUGACCGUGUGUCCGUGCGCGUCCGUGUGUGUGUGUGUGUGUGUGUGUGUGUGUGUGUGUGUGUGUGUGUGUGUGUGUGUGUGUGUGUGUGUGAAUCAGGAGGUGUGUGCGUUAGUGCGUGCCAGACAGCAUAGAGAGGCACAGUUAUCUAGGAAUUUGAGCCAAAAGAACCUCACCAACAGAAAGAGAGAGAGAAAGAGAAACAGAGGGAGAGAGAAAAAAUAGGAAGAGAAGUCGAGAGGAUGAAAUAGGUAUUUACAUAGAAACAAAGAUAGAAAGAGACAGACAGAGAGAUCGGGAUCACAGUAAGAUUAGAUUAAAAAAAGAGAUAGACAUGGAGAGACAGAUAAAGAUGAAGAAGUUCACACAGAAAUAGAAGAAGGUUAUAUGGGCAGAGAGUGGAGGGACACCAUCCAAGGCUUCAAACAAAGCAUCAAGCCGACAGACUCAGGAGUGGAGGAGAAACCCAUCAAGUACAACAAAAAAUAAUUUAAAAAAGGACAAGUGGCACCAAAGAGGUGUGGGCACCCAAAUCCAAGAGGCUGGCAAGAUGGAACAGCUUUAAGGUGAAAACCGGUGUCGGGAGGGACAGUAAACGGUGAAGCUCAGAGGUGUCUGAGAGACUGAAUUCUGCCAGCUUUUCAAAUUCUUUUAGGAGUUUUCACAUGAUUCUACUGGGCUCAAUCGGCGUGGUUCCACUACUGCUGUCCCUGUGUGUGGGGGCCGUGUUGUCCCCCCCGGACGCACCCCCGGUCUGUCCCCACCCCCCUUGCAGGGACAGUCUGGUUGCCGCUCCGCUAGCGAGCAUAGGGUCAGGGUGGUGUGAGGGGAGCCCCGGGACGGCGGGCUGCAGGGUGGUGGUUGCCCCCCUGGCUGCCUCCGACCCCCCUCUGAGGGAGGAACACAGACAAGAAGUCCGGCAGGUCCAGCCCGAGGCAGGGAAUGUGUCGGAGCGUCUGUUCCAGUUGCAGCGCUGUAUGCAUUCCUUCCAGGAGCAGUGGGCCCCCAGGGGCCAGGGAGGCCAGGGAGGGGACACGCUGGGGGCCAUUCUGGCUCUGAUGGCUGCAGUGCUGACAGAGUGUGACCUCCACUGUCACAGCCAGGCCCUCAGGGCUAUGGCCAGACGACUGGAGGGGGCAGCGGUUGGGAGAGAGGGAGAGAAAGACUUGCUACUACUAUUGAGAAGCAUCACACAACACCCUCCAACAGUGGCCCCCUCAGCGAGGCUGCAUCCUCAGGACUGUGCUGAGAUCUAUGGUUUGGGGGUCAGAGAGAACGGAAUCUACACCAUCCAGCCUGACCCACGCAGACCUGCAGUCCAGGCAGAGUGUGACAUGGAGACGGCAGGCGGAGGGUGGACGAUGUUCCAGCGUCGGAGAGAUGGCUCGGUGGACUUCAAUCGGACGUGGCAGGAGUACCGCGAGGGUUUUGGUUCCCCACAGGGAGAACACUGGCUGGGGAACGCAGCACUGCAUGCUCUCACCAACACUGGUCAACACCUACUGCGUAUUCAACUGGAGGACUGGCACAAGCAGAAACGCCAAGCCACCUACAACACCUUUAGAGUGGCAACAGAGACACAGAAGUACCGUCUGACAGCACGGGAGUACGCUGGUGACGCGGGAAAUGCCCUGAGCUAUAGCAAACACUACAACCACGACGGCCGAGCGUUCAGCACCAACGACCGUGAUCAUGACCGCUACACCUCGGGGAACUGUGCGCAGUACUACGGUGCGGGCUGGUGGUUCGAUGCCUGCCUGGCGGCUAACCUGAAUGGACGGUACUACCGCGGGCGCUACAGCGGGCUGACCAACGGCAUUUACUGGGGCACCUGGUACAUCCUGACAGACAGCCGCAGUGGAGAGCGCUACUCCUUUAAGAGUGUGGCGAUGAAGACACGCCCACGCAACUUCUAAUAAAGAAUGACUUGGGAGCAGAUUGAAAUGGGACAGUUAAUGUGAAGUAGUAAUCUGUAAAAUGUAGGCCUACUACAUACUCCGAGCCAGGUUCUGUAUAUAUAAAUAUAGCCUGGUCCCAGAUCUGUUUGUGAUCUGCCCCAGCUAGGGAAACCCUAAUCUGGUUGCAGAUUGUGUGAAGGUUAUUGUUAAUCAGCAGAUGACUGGAUGUUUGAUUCACUGGAUGAUGUUGGGAUGGUGGGCCACAAAAUCACUUGUUCUAGGUGUAAAUAUACUGCUCCAAAAAAUAAAGGGAACACUAAAAUAACACAUCCUAGAUCUGAAUGAAUGAAAUAAUCUUAUUAAAUACUUUUCCUUUACAUAGUUGAAUGUGCUGACAACAAAAUCACACAAAAAUAAUCAAUGGAAAUCC